CCAUCCAUCCAUCCAUCCAUCCAUCCAUCCAUCCAUCCAUCCAUCCAUCCAUCCUAUCACAGCUGAUGCAAACCAGAGGCGAGAAUCGAACCCAGGGUCAUUUGACUGCAAAUGCUCCACUGUGCUGUCAUUACAUGUUGUCAUGGAGUGAAGCAGCCCACUGUCUCCAGAUACACAUUGUUUUGGGUUGCCAAAUGGAGGAAAAGAAACAUGUGUUGACUUGAGCCCGAGGACAUGGAUAGCACAAUUAGGUGCUCUCUCACCUCUGCAGUCUCAGGUCAUUGGGCCACGGCGGGGUCAAAGGUUGUUCUGUCACUGAGCAGCACAGCUGAGGCGUUGGGUCAUCAGUGAAACAAGUAUUGGUCAGGUGCUGGAGGUUUUAUGGGAGUCAGGAUUGUUUUCAACAAUUUAACAAAUUGAUUGGCAAAGUCUGAAAAACAUCCGAGUUAAAGUCGGAAAAAUCUUGACUUCUUGAGAUUCUAACUUGAAGCUUUUGCGUCGUGCUUUUUUCAACUGUUUCUUUUUUUCAAAUUCUCAAGAAUGCGAUUUCCUCUCAAUGUUGCCUUUGAUGUUUUCCCUCCAGUUGACUUUUUUUGUGGUAGUGAAUGAAACGAGAGUGUGCAUGUGGACCCAAUCUGGAAACCAUAAAGCCUCCGUCAUCGCUGCAACAUGAAGUCGGGGACUUGUGAUUGGCCGAGAGGACCACUUACCCCCGUCUUCUCAUCGCCCGCCCAGCCGACGCGCACUUCCUGCUCCCCUGCCCUGACCACGUCCCCUGCAAGUGUGCGCAACCAAUGAAACAUGCCCACAGGGCCCAAGUCAGCGUUUGGUUAUAAAAAGGGCGACGGUGGGGUGGCCUGUCAGAUGGUUUGUUGUUAUUCCGUCUGCCAGGUUGUGACGGGAAAGCGAAAGUUGAACGAGCGGGAAUUCGAGAACGGCCACCGAUGGACAUAAAGUUGUAGGACAAGAAUUUUUUUUUUUUUUUUACAGGUAUUUGAAAGGCAAAAGAGAGAAGACAGAACCUUUUGAAGGUUUUUGGAAGGUGGAAGAUGAGAGAAGAGGUGUCCUGCACUAACUCCCCCGAAGGAGGUCUAGGGGCCAGCGAAGAAGAACUGGAAAGAGGCUCCAAGAAGAGCCAGCAGUCGGGUCACCGAAAACGAUCCCCUCAUCCCAAGAAAGACAAUCUGGCUCAGACGGAGGACAGCGUCGCCGGCAGUCCCACCGGCCUCCUGCCGUCCGGGCCCAAGAGGGUGAAGAAGAGUCCCUCGACCGUGGUGAGCCUGGCCCCUGCCUCGCUAGGCCCGCGGCCCGACCAGCCCUUCGAGGACCUCCACUCCCAGCGGGUGAUCGCCAACGUGCGGGAGCGCCAGCGCACCCAGUCCCUCAACGACGCCUUCGCCUCGCUACGCAAGAUCAUUCCGACGCUCCCUUCGGACAAGCUGAGCAAGAUCCAAAUCCUGAAACUGGCGUCGCGCUACAUCGACUUCUUGUACCAGGUGCUGCAGAGCGACGAGAUGGACGCUAAACUGGCCAGCUGCAACUACCUGGCCCACGAGAGGCUGAGCUACGCAUUCUCCGUCUGGAGGAUGGAGGGCGCCUGGGCCAUGUCCGCCAGCCACUAGGACCCCCUCACUCACGUUUCCCUCUCUCUCUCUCUCUCUCUCUCUCUCUCUCUCUCUCUCUCUCUCUCUCUCUCUCUCUCUCUCUCUCUCUCAAUCUCUUAUUCUACAUUUCUUAUUUAAAUCUUAUUGUCUAAUGUCUCACGUCGUCCAUCAAUCUGCACCCCUUCCAAAUUCACUUCCACUGUUCCCCUCUUAUCUGUCCCACACUUAUGGCUGUUGCUGGAAGACGCUCCACUGCUAACCCUCAGAAAGCCAACAAGUGGAAAAUUCCGGCGGACAACAAAAAAACCCGUCAUCCAGACUUUCUUUGGCGGAACUUUUCCCCUCUCCCUUGGACCCUUGCUUGCCUCCAACUUGACUCCGAACUGAGUGAGGAGACGUGACAAUCCAGAAGUGGACUCUUCCAAAUGAUGCUUUCAUCAACAACCAGCUGGCCUGCAGUGACAAUGAAACAAGACGGGCGCCCACAAGCGCUUCUGAUGGGAAUGUUUACAGCUAAAAUGCUAAUAAGCUAAUCACUCCAGCUCCGGCUCUCAAAGGCCCCACUCGUGGGAAGACGGAGCGCAUGAGGAAUCAAAUCUGAUUUGGUUCUGCAGUGGUUGGACACCUUUCCGCAUCUGAUUCUCUUUUGUAAAUAGAAUGAACUGCUUCCAACAUCCACACAUGCAGAAGCAUUUCUUCUUCUGUAGAGUUUGUGCUGUGUCAUACUGUCAUGCAAGAAUAUACGAUUGAUGUAUUUCUGGCAUUUCAUGAGGCAAAUGUGUUUUGAAAUGUUGAUUAGGAAUGCUACAUCAUUUAGAGGUGCAGAAGUUGCUCUUCAAUUUGUAUAGUUUUGCAUCCGCUUGUGAUCUUUGUUGUGUCAGCUCCUGUGGCCAAUAAAACUUUUUUUUUUGUAGUGA